AUGCCCAACUCCGAGGUGGACGAGGGAGCACCGCUGCUUGCCCAGGAGAGCGCCGGUUUGCCAGAAUCUGAAGCGGGUACACUUGAUGGGAAUGAAGUGUCAAAUGGAGCAUUCUGGCUGGUCUUGUCCAUUCUGUUGGCGGGCAUCUUCCUUUCCAAUGUCGUCUCCUCUGUUGUGAUAGCAACCACCCAGAAUAUCGCAUCUGAAUUUGAUGCCUUGUCGUCUGCGGCGUGGUUGUUGACGACUUACACAUUGGCUCAAUCUGCGAGUCAGCCAUUGUACGGAAAGCUAUGUGACAUAUACGGACGCAGGAACUGUCUUAUUUUUUGCUGGAUCGUUUUCGGCCUAGGUUGUCUUCUUGUUGCUUUAGGCCGCCACUAUUGGCACGUUAUACUGGGACGCGCUAUCAGUGGUGUCGGAAGUGCAGGCAAGAUUGUACUAACAUCCAUUAUCGUCGCUGACCUCGUUCCUCUGAGACAAGUAGCGCAUUACCGAGCCUAUGUAAAUCUGACCGCCACGAGCGCAAGGUCAAUCGGAGGCCCAAUAGGCGGGUUGCUCGCUGGCACUGUUGGCUGGCGCUGGUGUUUUCUGGUACAGCUCCCCGUAGCCCUGAUUGGUCUUGCUCUUGUGCUUUGGAAGUUGCCGGAGCCCAAAAGGGCAGAAGGAAAGCUCACUACUAUAGACGGAAAUGAGUCGCAGCAAACAAAACUUUCGAGGGUUGACUUCGCUGGCGCUUUCACGUUGAUUGGAACAGUGCUCACAGGUCUGCUUGCCCUUGAUAUUUUCACGAAGGGAGGACCUCGAUUGCUUGUUACAGGGUUGGCAAUUACAUUCCCGGCCUUUGCGACAGCAUUCACCGUUGUUGAAAAAUACUAUGCCAAAGAACCAAUUUUACCACUACAAUUGAUUGGCAAAAGGGAUGUUCUGACCUCCUAUACGAUCAUCGGAUUUCAAGCAGCUGGCCAAUUUGGACUCCUCUACGCAAUCCCGAUUUACUUCCAGGUCGUAGGAGGUGAAUCGGUCUCAACUUCUGGCCUCCGCAUUGCCCCGGUCGUUGUUGGCAAUGCGUUGGGAACAGUCUUGAGCGGAAAGCUGAUCACCCGCCUCAAGAGGUACAAAACUCUCACUGCGUUGGGAAAUGGGAUUGGUUUACUUGGCUUCCUUCUUUUAUUUGUGACAUGGCGCGGGAGUACCAGCUGGUAUACUUCCCUCCUGGUGGCUUUGCCUGGUGCAGGAAUGGGAAUCCUCCAGUCAACCACAUUCUUGCACCUCGCCGCGAGCUUGGAUCCUUCAGAUAUCGCAAUAGCAGGAUCGGCUUGGUUCCUAGCACAGAAUAUCGGCAUCUUGUUGGGGGCCAGCAUGUCUACUACUGUGAUCAAUAGCGUCGUCCAGAGUUACCUGCAAGUCUCUCUAGAGGGCUUUGAUGCAAAGGAAGAAAUUAUCCGAAAAGUUACGUCGAAUGUUGACAACAUGCGGCACUUUUCGGAACCAAUUCGAAAAGUCGUGAAGGAGGCAUACAUUCAGGGGUUGUGUAGCUCAAAUGGUUUGUGA